AUGUCACACGUCGUUAUCCGCGGAAUCCCCUUUGCGACUCGUCUGCGUGCAGCCAAAGGUGGUGCCAAGGAGCUUCUUGAGCGCGACCGCGCUCGCGCACAGAAGUUCCUAGCUGGCAAGUCCCACCAUACCCCCUCGGCUACUGUUGGGGAAUACAGUCGACGUCACCACCAUAAGGGUACCGUUGCCGUUCCACCCACUACAGUUCCUUCGGGCACAGGAGGCAGCAGUACCAGUGCAAACUCUAGCAUUGAUGUCACCGAUUCAGGUGUCACUUACACCAUGCAAGUUGGUGUUGGAAACCCAGCGACCCAGUAUACAUUGUUGAUUGAUACGGGUAGUUCGAACACGUGGGUUGGCGCAAACUUGCCAUACAAUCCCACAAGCUCCAGUCAGGACACUGGUAACACCAUAAAUGUUAGUUAUGGUUCAGGGACUAUGUCCGGAGAGGAAUAUACCGACACCGUGACGUUAGGAAGCUUGGUUAUUCAGAACCAAGGAAUUGGCGUGGCUUCAUCCGCACAAGGGUUCCAGGGCGUCGAUGGUAUAUUGGGUGUCGGCCCUGUAGACCUUACACAGGGAACUGUGUCUAACACGCUGGAUGUGCCUACGGUUACCGAUAACUUAUUCGGUCAGGGGACAAUCUCCUCUAAUGAAAUCGGCGUGUUCUACGAGCCGUCCUCCACCGCUAACGUAUCCAAUGGAGAGCUCACCUUCGGUGGGACUGAUAGCACCAAAUACACUAGCUCAAUCAACUCCGUUCCGCUUACUACCACCUCUCCGGCCUCAAGGUAUUGGGGUAUCGAUCAGUCAGUAUCGUACGGCACUGGCAACACAAUCUUGAACACGACAGCCGGCAUUGUGGACACUGGCACCACCCUUCUUCUCAUAGCCACUGAGGCCUUUCAGGCUUAUCAGCAGGCAACUGGCGCCGUUCAGGACCCGAACACGGGUCUCCUAACUAUCACACAACAACAAUACAACAAUCUUCAAAGUUUGUACUUUAACAUCGGCGGUGUCACCUACGAGUUCACGCCUAAUGCUCAAAUCUGGCCGCGUGCCCUGAACAGCACCCUGGGAGGAAAUGAGGGCCAAAUUUAUCUCAUUGUGUCUGACCUUGGUUCCUCAUUCGGGACUGGGCUAGACUUCAUAAACGGAUUUGGCUGGCUUCAGCGCUUUUACACUGUUUAUGAUACCGGGAAGCAGCAGCUCGGUAUUGCGACUACGGCAUACACUAAUGCUAAUACCAACUGA